GAUACCGUUCAAGAUCGGGCAGCCCAAGAAACAGAUUGUACCCAAGACAGUGGAGAGAGACUUUGAAAGGGAAUAUGGAAAGCUUCAGCAAUUGGAAGAUCAGACCAAAAAACUUCAGAAGGAUAUGAAGAAAAGCACAGAUGCAGACUUGGCCAUGUCCAAGUCGGCUGUCAAAAUCUCUUCGGACCUGCUGUCUAACCCCCUGUGUGAACAGGAGCCCAGCUUUCUGGAGAUGGUCACGGCCUUCGACACAGCGAUGAAGAGGAUGGACUCUUUCAACCAGGAGAAGGUGAAUCAGAUCCAAAAGACAGUCAUAGAGCCUUUGAAAAAGUAAGGAGCCGUGUUCCCCAGCCUGAACAUGGCAGUGAAGAGACGGGAGCAAACGCUGCAGGACUACAAGCGCCUGCAGUCCAAGGUGGAGAAAUACGAGGAGAAGGAGAGGACCGGCCCCGUCCUCGCCAAGCUGCACCAGGCCCGUGAAGAGCUGAGGCCGGUGAAGGAGGACUUUGAAGCCAAAAACAAGCAGCUCCUGGAGGAAAUGCCCAAGUUUUAUAGCAGCCGCAUCGAUUACUUCAAACCCAGCUUCGAGUCGCUGGUCCGGGCGCAG